AUGGACAAGGCUUGGGUUUGGCUUCCAAGGACUAGCCUUGAGUACGAACUAGGAUGUCAAAAUUUUGUUAAUGCAUCAUCAAGGAGUUUGGGAAAUCUUAGUGAAUUGUUCUGUCCAUGUGUCGAUUGCCGCAAUGUUUGUCAUCAGCCGAGGGAGACAGUAGUGGAUCAUCUAGUUAUUAGGGGUAUGGAUCAGAAGUAUAAGAGGAAUCAAUGUUGGAGUAAGCAUGAAGAGCAAAGAAAAGCUGCAAAAGAUGAUGUUCCGACAUCAGAAUCUGAGGCCUACAACUUGAUUAGGACAGCUUUCUUUGAUGGAGAAGAUAAUGAACAGGACCCGAGCCACAUUAGAGGUGAACCUGAAGCGAGUGACAGUGCAGAAGAAUCUCAGUUUAGGGACAAGUUGAAUGAGGCUGAAACUCCACUCUACACGACAUGUCACAAAUACACCAAGGUUUCUGCGAUAAUGGUUCUGUAUCGCAUCAAAGUGAAGAGUGGGAUGUCAGAGAACUCUUUUGAUCAGCUUCUGACAGCAAUUAAAGACAUGCUACCAGAAGACAAUUUGCUUCCGAAGCCCACAGACGAGAUGAAGAAGUUCUUGAAGAUUUUUGGGUUUGGCUAUGAUGUUAUUCACGCAUGCAAGAAUGACUGCAUCCUUUAUAGGAAGCAGUAUCAGAAGAUGGAAAGUUGCCCAAGAUGUAGUACUUCAAGGUGGGAAGUGGAUAAGCAUAGUGGUGAGGAAAAGAUAGGGAUUGCAGCGAAGGUGCUUAGGUAUUUUCCAAUCAAAGAUAGAUUCAAGAGGAUGUUUAGGUCUAAAAGAAUGGCUGAGGAUUUGCGUUGGCCUUAUAGCAACAACAGUGAAGAUGGUACAAUGAGACAUCCAGUGGAUUCCAUAACCUGGGCUCAGGUGAAUGAUAAUUGGCCAGUGUUUGCAGCAGAACCAAGAAACCUACGUCUCGGUCUCUCUACAGAUGGUAUGAACCCCUUCUCUAUCCAAAACACCAAGUAUAGUACAUGGCCGGUGUUGUUAGUUAACUACAAUCUGCCUCCAACUAUGUGUAUGAAGGUUGAUAACAUCAUGCUCACCAUGUUGAUCCCUGGUCCAACCGCACCAAGCAACAAUAUUGAUGUUUAUCUAGCCCCGCUAAUAGACGAUCUGAAAGAGUUGUGGAAUGAAGGUAUUGAGAUAUAUGACUCGUUUAUGAAAGAAAAGUUCACACUUAGAGCUGUGUUAUUAUGGACUAUUAGUGACUAUCCAGCAUUGGGUACACUGUCAGGAUGCAAAGUGAAGGGGAAACAAGGUUGUAAUGUCUGUGGGAAAGAUACACUAAGUAGAUGGUUGAAGUUUAGUAGAAAAUAUGUGUAUUUGGGCAAUCGAAAGUGUCUCAGGCCUACUCAUCCUUACAGGCGGAAAAAAAGGUGGUUUGAUAACACAAUUGAAGAAGGGAAUGCAAUGAGAAUUCAAACAGGGGCUGAAAUUUUGGAGGUUCUGAAUGAUUACAGAAACGUUUUUGGAAAACCUUUAGAUAAGCAAAGUAAAAGAAAAAGAGCAGAGGUGUAUGGUGAUGAUGUUGCGUCAGAGGAUGAAUAUGAAGAAGAUAGUGAUCAAUGGCGUUGGAAGAAACGGUCAAUCUUCUACGAGCUACCUUACUGGAAGGAUUUGCUUGUGCGUCACAACAUUGAUGUGAUGCACGUGGAGAAAAAUAUGUCCGAUGCAAUACUGUCUACGCUAAUGCAAUCAGCUAAAUCCAAGGAUGGUUUGAAAGCACGAAGAGACUUGGAAGACAUGGGAAUACGAGAACAUCUGCACACACAGGUCCGAGGGAAGAGAACGUAUUUGCCUCCAGCGGCUUACUGGCUUUCUAAGGAAGAGAAGAAAAGAUUUUAUCUCAGGCUAUCUAAGUUUAGAGGGCCAGACGGAUAUUGUGCGAAUAUCUCUAGUUGUGUGUCCAUGAAUCCUCCGGCAAUUGGUGGUCUUAAGUCACAUGAUCAUCAUGUGCUUCUCCAGAAUCUGCUUGAUGUGGUUUUGAGAGGGUUGUUACCAAAGGGGCCUAGACUAGCAGUGACUCGUGUAUGCAGUUACUUCACAAGACUCUGCCAGCGUUCCAUUGACCCUGAGAAGCUGAUACAUUGGGAAUCAGAGUUUGUGGAGACAAUGUGCCAAAUGGAGCGGUUUUUCCCUCCGUCACUUUUUGAUAUCAUGUUUCAUCUUCCUAUACACCUAGCAAGGGAAACACGUUUGGGUGGACCUGUACACUUCCGUUGGAUGUAUCCCUUUGAGAGGUGUAUGAAGACCUUAAAGGCUUUUGUUAAAAAUUAUGCGAGGCCAGAAGCAUGUAUGGCUGAGGGUUAUCUGGCCGAGGAAUGCAUCGCCUUUUAUUUGGAGUUUCUGCGUAAUUCAGUACCUAUCGAAGAAGCAGUUAAACGUAAUGAACAUAUUCAAGACGAUGAUGGUGUACUUGAGGGACGUUCGUUGAAGAAGGCAACAGAAAUAAUUCUCUCGGAGAAAGAAAAAGACAUAGCACAUCGUUAUGUGUUAAUGAACACAGGAGUCAUGGAGCCAUAUAUUGAGAUACAUUUGGAAGAACUGCAGGCAAAUGAUGUUCGUUGUCGGAAUAACGAAACUUUACUAUGGAAACUUCACAACGAACGAUUUGCCAAUUGGAUAAAGGAGAAGAUACCUGCUAACUCGAAAGAUCAUUCCUCCAAGAUACGGUGGCUGGCAUUUGGACCAAGACUUGUUGCUCAGUCUCAUAAGGGAUUCAUAAUUAAUGGCAAGCGGUAUCAUACAGAUGACUACCUGUAUUUAAAUGUACGUUGGGCUAACAAAGGAAAUGGCGUGAAGGAAGAAGAUGGAUUCACGCUAGUGAAUCUGCAUCUAAGCCAAGUCAGCUUUCAUCCAAGAUCCUUUCAUUAUGCCUUCUCAAGCGAAACAAGUAUUCUACUCGAGAGAGAUGAAUCUUCACCCUGGUAUGUAGUAAUGAAGGCGCCACCGAGAGGAUCAGUGAUGGUUAAGUCAAGAGUUGGGAUGGUUCGCCGCAGUAAACGCAAGCAGGGUUUAGCUGUCACUCCUGAAAUGAAAGCAGCAAAGGUUAACAAACAAGUUGAGGAAAAAGAAUCAGAAGAUGAAGUUGAGCAAGAAGAAGUUCAGGAAAAAGAAGUCCAAGAAGAAGAAUCAGAAGAAGAGGUUGAAAAAGCAGUAGAGGAAGAAGUUCGCAAAGAAGUAGAGGAAGUUGCUGCGGCUAACCCAUCUCAGCCAAAUUUAGAUGAAACAAUCUCAACAGCUGAACAAGUAGAGACCCAACAAUCCGUCUCCAAUACUAAGCGAAAAAGAGGAUUGACGAAGAUGCGAAAGGUUGCAAAAGAUCCUCUGGCAAAAGUUGAAGUCGAAUUUACAUCCCUAGGUGAACAUGCAAGAUCAGGAUCAGUGACACUUUCGUCUUUCCUUGACCCUCUUGUGAGGGAACAUGUUCCGGUACUACUUGAUGAUUGGAGGCAACUAGAUGAUGUGACAAAAGAUACUCUGUGGGAAGAAAUUCAGGGGAGGUUCAAUCUACAAGAAGAGUGGCAGAAACAAGCUGUUUUUAGACAAAUGGGAUGUCUGUUGCAGGCUUAUAAGUCAAGACUUGUUAGGGAACUUCUAGCAACGAAGUCUCAUUCACAGAGACUGAAGCUAAAGCCAAGCAACAUCCAAUCAAUGUCAAAGUGGAUGAAUUGGGUGAAAAGUAGAACUAGCAAAGAGUUUAAGGUGAAAAGUGACAAAUACAGGGAUUUGAGGAAAUCCCAGAUUUCACACACAACUAGCCGGAAAGGAAUGUUUCGCUUGGCUUAUGAAAUGGGAAAUCUCGUUGACCCUACGAAAGUGAGUAGAAGUAAGGUGUGGUUAGCUGGACACACUCACUCGGAUGGAACACCUGUGCGGCCUGAAUUUUCUGAGACUAUUGAACAAAUACAGUCGAUCGAUAGUCAAAUGGAAUCCACUGCCAAUGACAACAUUAAAGAAGAUGUUGUUAGUCAAGUUUUGGGAACUGAUAAACCUGGAAGGAUUAGAGGGUUGGGCAGAGGAAUUACUGCAACCAAGCUUGCAUUCCUCCAGGCUAGAGACGCACAUGUGCAGAAGCUUGAGGCUUCCCAAGCCCAAUUGAUAAGUGAGCUUGAAGACUUGAAGAAUGUAGUCCGGGACUUAGCUGGAAAGAAAAAACAGUGUGAUGAUCUGCCUUCUCAUUCUGAGUUGAGUCAUGUUAGCAAAGGAGGAGUUAAGUGUCAGUUGCUUGAUUGGUUUUCAGUAGACGAUGUUGUUGUGGGUGAAGGAGAAUUUUGUGCAUCUGAUCCGACAUACAAAAUAGAUAAUAUCCCACUGGGACCUAAUGCGGCUGCCGUUCUUGUCAAUACUGCGUUGGAUAGCACAACAUAUGUUUGGAGGCCAACCAAAACAAUGUUCACACUUGAACAAGCUGUUUGCGUCAAAAUUCCUUGGCCAGUUCAUAAGGUGAUUUUAGACAGUGGUAUGAGCUCACCAAGCGGGAAUAAAAGUGGUUUCACAAAGGGUGCAAGUUCAGAUGACUCGUAUGCGAGAUGUAGACUUUAUGAUUGGAAUAUCGAUGGUGAAAUUAUUGAUGAGGGUUUGCUGUGUUCGACUGACCCGAAAGCUACGGUAAACAGCAUUCCACUUGGUCCAAAUGCUGCAAUUGUGAAGAUUGACAGUGUGCUUAAAGAGGCGGUUUAUCUUUGGAGACCAACUUCUGAAAUGCUGGUGACUGCAAGUACGAGCUCCGGAAGCAACAAAGGACCAAAGAAGAAAUGCAUCCUCAUGGAUUGCAAUAACUCUGGUCAAAAGGUCGCUGAAGGUCGAGUGUGCUCAACUGAUCCUGCAGAUGUAGUCCAUUUCAAACCCUUGGGUCCCAAUGCUAGCAAGGUUUGGGUUGAGGUCUCAAAGAUCGGUGAUGCUAAGACGGACACUUCCUCAUAUCCUGCAUUUUUGGAUCUGGUCAUGAUGCUCGUUGAGUACCAUUCCGGAUCUGAGGAUCGAGUUGUACAUAUCAUCAGGUGGAGAGGGCCCAAGACAGUCGCUUACGUUUGCAAUUAA